GAGUCCUCUCGCUCCAACAGACCACUGGGACUUUUUCUUCUCUCCUACCAGACGAAGGGGCGGAAACGAUCCCUCUGACUGUAUGAAGCUGAGGAUCUUUAUCUCCACAACACAUCCAUUCAAUCCCAGACUUUGGACCUGCACAGUCGCGAGGCAGAGGCUGUCGCGUGGGUUAGUUUCUGCUCGGAGAGGAACUUAAUAAAUUAAACUGUAAGUCAUCGGAACCUGCUGGUCCCCAGGUCUACCUGAUGAGUAUGAGCCUGACUACAGAACCCCCUAACGAUGCUCCCGCUGUCACAGAAGCUGUUUCUGACCCAUCAGAGACCAAACUGCCCACACCUGAGAAGAAGGAGAAGAAGCCAGAUGACGUAGCCGAGGAAGAGGAGGAGGAGGAAGAAUACGUGGUGGAAAAGGUCCUGAACCGGCGGGUGGUGAAGGGGAGAGUAGAGUAUCUUCUGAAGUGGAAAGGCUUUUCAAACAGUGAAGACAACACGUGGGAACCAGAAGACAAUCUGGACUGUCCAGAUCUGAUCGCAGAGUUUCUGCAGUCCCAGAAAACGGCGCACGAGGGGAAGAGGAAGGCAGCCGGGGAAGGAGAGGGAGGAGACGAAAGCAAAUCAAAGAAGAAGAAAGAUGACACAGAGAAGCUAAGGGGCUUUGCUCGAGGGCUGGAUCCAGAACGGAUUAUUGGAGCCACAGAUUCCACAGGAGAACUCAUGUUCCUCAUGAAAUGGAAGAACUCUGACGAAGCAGACUUGGUGCCAGCGAAGGAAGCUAACGUGAAGUGUCCGCAGGUGGUCAUCUCCUUCUACGAGGAGAGACUCACCUGGCACUCGUACCCGACCGAGGACGAGAAGAAAGAUGACAAGAACUAACGCAGGGCAGCGGGGCCGGGGGACAGAGAGGAGCUGUAGUUUUGAACUUCAUUGUACUUUCGACAUGGGAGGGGAGGGGGGGGGAGAAGACAAGCAAGACAAGCAAGACAAGCAAGACACCACCGACUCAUUCGUCUUUUGGUGUAGCUCGACUCUUUGGUUCUAUUUUUCUCUGGAUGUAAUCAGAUUGUAAAUAAGCUUCAGGUUUGCUCGACAAAUCCCAGCCUGACUUUAAAUGUCUGAGCGCAGUGUUACUCUCCAGCAUCCAGUCCAGUUUUCAGGCCGCGUCAGUAUCCGUUACAAACAAAUCCAGUGCAGUGAUUUCAUCUUGCUCUUAAAUCGUUUCAGUGAGGUGAUUUUUUUUUUACUCGUGUGCCAUUUCUAAUUUAGUUUUUUACUUGGUACAAAGUUCUGUUGAUCUUAGCCGUUUCCUUAGGACUUGUUUGGUGUAUGAUUAUAAACCCUUUUCAGUGAUUGAUUUGGUCAUUAGUAAUCUUUGUAGUGAUUUUCAUUCUAAUGUCUUGCUUGUCAGUUUUUGGAGAAUAAACCACUUUUUGUUA